GCUCAGAGUGAUGGAGGCCUCCUGGCUGGAGACGCGCUGGGCGCGGCCCCUGCACCUGGCUUUGGUUUUCUGCCUGGCGUUGGGGCUGAUGCAAGUCAUCAAGCUCUACCUACGGAGACAGCGUCUGCUACGUGACCUGCGCCCCUUCCCUGGGCCGCCAGCCCACUGGCUCCUCGGACACCAGAAGUUUCUUCAGGAUGAUAAAAUGGAGAAGCUUGAUGAGAUUGUCAAGAAGUACCCUUGUGCCUUCCCCUGUUGGAUAGGGCCGUUCCAGGCAUUUUUCUACAUCUAUGACCCAGACUAUGCAAAGAUAUUUCUGAGCAGAACAGACCCGAAGGCCCAAUUUGUACACCAGUUCAUGACUCCAUGCAUUGGAAGAGGACUCCUGAAUCUAGACGGACCCAGGUGGUUCCAACACCGCUGCCUCCUAACUCCUGCAUUCCAUCACGACAUCCUGAAAAACUGUGUGGACAUGAUGGCCCACUCUGUGAACACAAUGCUGGAUAAAUGGGAGAAGAUUUGGAGUGCUCAGGAAACAACCAUGGAGGUUUUUGAACACAUCAACUUGAUGGCCCUGGACAUAAUCAUGAAAUGUGCUUUUGGGCAGGAAACCAACUGCCAGAUAAACAGCACCUAUGAACCUUACAUGAAGGCAACAUUUGAACUUGGUGAGAUCAUAUCUUCUCACUUGUACAAUUUCUGGCAUCAUCAUGACAUAAUUUUCAGAUUCAGCCCUAAGGGCCACUGCUUCCAGGAGUUAGGCAAAGUGAUACAUCAAUGCACAGAAAAGAUCAUCCAGGAUAGAAAGAAACUCCUCAAGGAUGGAGUAAAGCAGGAUGACACUCAAAAGUCUCAAGAUUUUCUGGAUAUUGUCCUUUCUGCCCAGGCUGAAGAUGGAAGAGCCUUCUCAGAUACCGACCUACGGUCUGAGGUGAACACCUUCAUGUGGGCAGGACAUGACGCCUCUGCAGCCAGCAUCUCCUGGCUCCUCUACUGCCUGGCUCUGAACCCUGAGCAUCAAGACAGAUGCCGGACAGAGAUCAGGAGCAUCCUGGGAGACGGUUCUUCCAUCACCUGGGACCAGCUGGACAAGAUGUGCUAUACCACAAUGUGCAUCAAGGAGACACUCCGCUUGAUUCCUCCCAUCCCAUCCAUCUCCAGAGAACUCAGCAAGCCCCUUACCCUCCCGGAUGGACACUCGCUCCCUGCAGGAAUGACUGUGGUUCUUAGCAUUUGGGGUCUCCACCACAACCCUGCCAUCUGGAAAGACCCAAAGGUCUUUGACCCCUUAAGAUUCACUAAGGAGAAUUCUGAUCAGAGACAUCCCUGUGCCUUCCUACCAUUCUCCAGUGGCCCAAGGAACUGCAUCGGGGAGCAAUUUGCCAUGCUGGAAUUAAAAGUGGCCAUUGCCUUGAUUCUACUCCGUUUCCAAGUAGCUCCAGACCUCACCAGGCCUCCCGUCUUCUCCAGCCACACUGUCCUCAGACCUAAGCAUGGAAUCUAUUUGCACCUGAAGAAACUCCAUUGA